CCUUAUGUUUAUGUGCACGAAAGGUUUACAUAUGUAUAAAAUUAAUUCAGUGUUACUAUUCAUUGUUAUUCCUACUAUCAUUUCUAACCAUAGAAACUAAAUUUUUUUAAUUCGUUCAUUAUUGAUUGUGUAUAUAUUAUCUUUACGGCUGUGAACUUCCGUAACCAUUUAUUUGACUUUAUUUGAUUAUUUAUUUUUAAAAUAUAUUCUUGCAAGAAUAAACUUUGAUAUUUAAGUAAAUUAUUAUUAUUAUAAUAUUUUAAAGAUCAAAAACUUUUGUGUACAAUAUUUUUGUGGAAUGGCUGAGAAUGAGCAAAAAGCAUUGCAACUAAUAGCUGAAGCUGAAAAAAAAUUGACAUCUUCAAAAGGAUUCUUAAGUUCACUAUUUGGAGGAUCAUCGAAAGUUGAAGAUGCUGUGGAAUGUUAUCAGCGUGCUGCAAAUUUAUUUAAAAUGUCAAAAAAAUGGAGUGAGGCUGGUAAUGCAUUUUGCCAAGCAGCUAAUCUUCAUGCUAAAGCUGGUAGUAAACAUGAUUCCGCAACAAAUUAUAUAGAUGCUGCCAAUUGCUAUAAAAAAUCAGAUGCAUCAGAAGCUGUAAAUUGUUUAUUGAAAGCAGUAGAAAUAUAUACCGAUAUGGGCAGGUUCACAAUGGCUGCUAAGCACCAUCAAAACAUUGCUGAAAUUUAUGAAAACGAGGCUGCUGAUUUAGACAGAGCCGUUCAUCAUUACGAGUUAGCAUCAGAUUAUUUUCGUGGAGAAGAGAGUAACUCAUCAGCAAAUAAAUGCUUGUUAAAAGUAGCACAGUAUGCUGCGCAUCUUGAAAAUUAUGAAAAAGCAAUUCAAAUUUAUGAACAGGUAGCAGUAUCAUCUUUAGAAAGUUCAUUGUUAAAAUAUAGUGCAAAAGAAUACUUUUUAAGAGCAGCUCUAUGCCAUUUAUGUAUUGAUAUAUUAAAUGCUCAGCAUGCCAUAGAACGAUAUCAAGAACAAUGUCCUGCAUUUCAAGACGCAAGAGAGUGUAAACUUAUUAAGGUACUAAUUGAAAAUUUAGAAGAACAGAAUGCUGAAGGAUUUACUGAAGCAGUUAAAGAAUAUGAUUCAAUUUCACGUUUAGAUCAAUGGUUUACAUCUAUAUUAUUACGAAUCAAGAAACAAAUCAACGAUAAUCCUGACUUACGUUAGAUUCUAUAAUAUUGACUUAAACAAGUGGAAAAUAAUUCUACUUUAAUAUCCUCUAUGCGUGAAUCAUUAUGAUUCUGCAAUAAAUUCAGAUAUAAAAUUUUGAAUUAUCUAUAGGAAAUUAGAAAUAUGUAAUGUAGUAUAAUUAUUGAUAAAGUAGCUGUGAAUAAAUGUGUACUGGAUAUACGGUUAAAAAGA